AUGCCCGAAGCUGCUCUUCAACAGCAGCUGAAUAAAAAUUCAAGCACUUCAUCUCCAACAUCACCCGUACAAUCUACCUUGGAUUUACUUGUAAACCCUACCUCUUCUCCUCCUCAUAUACUUGCCAAUAAAGUUGGUGAACAGUUUCAGCAUUCAAACCAUAUUCAAUCAUCAAACAACAAUGCUAUUCCUAAUUCACAACCUCCAGUAACUUCCGCUCCUCCUUCUAUUCUCUCUAACACCGAUCCGAACGCGUCUCUUCAAUCUCUACUUGCCGCGAACCGAAAAGAUUCAGCAGCUCCAGAUUCAUUACAUCAAUGGGGUAUUCCCCCUGUCCAACCUUCACCUCAGCCACAUCAUUCUUCCCCUCAUCUUACACCCGCAAUAGUCCAGUCUUCAAACGGCAAGAGUGGUAAGCGCAAACUCGACGAGACAGAGCCUGACGAUCCACACCCAAAAAUUCGUCGGCCUGUUGUUCGCGAACAUGUGGCGCAGCAGCACCAGCAUCCUCUACUUCAAAUGACAACCGUCAUGUGCUUGCACGCCGCUGUUGCACAGAAAUCUUAUGGUAGCGAGAAACGCUUCCUUUGUCCUCCCCCCGUCGUGCAUAUUCAAGGUCCUGUAUGGCAAAUGCGCUCUCAACAACUCGCUAUGUCAGUUGUCUCCGAACAGGGUGAACGAUCAUUGGACCAAAAGACUAAUUUGGACAAUAACAUGACCGGAAGCUUCAAAUUCUUGCACGUGACUGGCACAGCAAAGGCAAAGAGCUUCCAGUUGUCUCUCGACAUAAUAGAACCUCCUCCUUCUGCUUUGUCAGGCGAGAGCAGCGCUGAUGGAACUCCAGGACGUGUUUGGGCCACCUUUGAUUCAGCUCCUGUAACCAUUAUAUCUAAACCCUCGAAGAAGACAGCAAAAACGCGUAACAUCUCUUCGUGUAUCCUCGCGGGAGGUCCUGUGUCUCUUUUCAACAGGAUCAAUUCACAGACUGUACGCACCAAGUAUAUGACUAUCGACAACUCUCAGCUCUGUGCAAGUAAUGUCACUUGGUCUGCGUUCAAUGUGAACGUAGUGCGACGCCCCGAUGACGCGCCGCCCACCAAUGCCGGUCCGCAACCUGUCACUUACGGCUGUGAGGUUGUCCUUUCCGACACAUUGUCUAAUAUCGCCACGUCACCCCUUAUCAUUCGCAAAGUAGACAAAGGUCGCGUAUCUGCUGAGGAUGGUGGACCUGUGAGUCAGAUGCAGAAAAUUGCUCUGCAGAGAGUAAAUCAGGAUGGUACAAGACACUAUUUGUCUGCUGCCGGUCCCAUCCCCGGCGCUCCGAACUCCACCCCAUCUGUCCCAGGAGCACCGACUCAGGGUGGAACACACCCCUUGAUCUUCCAAUCGCCUCGCAUACGAGAUGAGAUGAAAGAUGGCGUGCGAACCUUGACCGAUGAAGUAGAUGACUAUUUAUGCUGGACAAUUGUGGGCAUUUCCAAGUUCCAGUAUACAUUCUUUGAUGCGUUUGGUCAACAUAGUAAUUCAAUACCCGAAAUGCCCAUCACACCCUUCCCGACACUAUUCACGGCGCCAGUGUACCGACCAACAAACAAUAUACUCGAAAUGACCGUGUCGCACUUCUUCUAUGAAGACCCAAAGACACGAACUCAGAUGCCACUGACCGUGUAUUUAGGUGGCCUUGGUCCUCUCAGAGCUCGUUUCUAUCAGGCUGCUCCCCCAGGACCGUUGACUAACAUUGCCGCUUUCGGUGCUGCCAUGUCCGGUUCAUCUAAUGAGGUAGUAGUGGGUGGAGGUGAAGACGUUGCAAGUUCCCCUGCCGACGCUUCAUCACGAUAUCUCACUCAGCCCCCUUUGCACACCAUCGUGACAGUGGAGCUGCCUUCAUUGCCUGAGAUUAUCAAGGCACUCGAAGAGGAUGUAAUGACUCCGAGCGUGAUAACCCCAGAUGGUCUCAUACAUCGGCAAUCACCACAACAUAGUGAACAUGGAACACCGCUUGACGGGCCCAAUGGAAGUGGUUCACAGUCACAUCCUCCACCUUCCAUUGCUGGCCGGAGUCUUCCCCUGUUAUUCAUUCGCGCCUCGGAUGGUAUUGGUUAUCACUCUGGACGAACGAUUAGUUGCGAAAACGUAUUCCAGGCUAUGGAGUUAGGGUCGAUGGCACCUGGUGGUGUUCUAGCACCGCCAGGGGGGUCAGCGGAUGCUAGCUGGCUCGCUGCGGCGCAAGUUGCGGCUGCGGCUGAUGGAGGUUUGCAUGGUUGGACGUUAAGAGUAAUGUAA